AUGUCAGAAAUCAUUGGUAUCAUUGAAAGAAUUGUUUUAUUAGGUCAACAAAUUAUUGAGAGGUUAGAAGCGCACGAAGAAGCCGUCGCAAGUCUCAAGAGGUUGGAAAAAAUUUUAUGGCUGCUCAAAGAUGUUGUCAACGAAAUUACCAACACCAAUGUUUAUAAAUCCCAUAUUGUCGGUAUCAAAGAUACUCUUGAACGAACUCAGUAUGUUUACAUGAAGUGCGCUGAGGACCUUAACAACAAAAAAAAGGACGGCAAGUAUGUGAUGGGCAAGUUUAAGCAGGCCGUUGGAAUAUAUAAGGCCCCUAAUAUCCUAGCUGAUAUCCAACGCACCAUCAAAGAUGUUGAGAGUCAUCUUAGCAUCACUGAUAAGUCUUUAAGUAUUAUACAACGAUCUCAGGUUUCACUAGCUCCAACAAUUGUUGCAACAUCCACUUCAAUAACCACUACCACCUCCUCCGCUAGCGUUCUAGGAUCUGAAUUGAGAGAAGUCCUUUCAAACACCAUUGAUGAAUUAGUGAGAAGGCUUAAAAAUGACUGUCAGCAACUCCAAGAAAAGCUCGAUCGUUGUACAAUUUCUAUAGAAUCUUCUUUCUUUGAAGGUCUGGAAAGUGAGAAUCCCGAGGCUAUUUCAUUUUGGAAGGAUCGUUUCGGGUCUACUGAGCUCAAUAUAUCAUCUGUUGCCCCAUACGAGACUAUGUAUGUCUCCUGGGCUCGGUUUGUUCAUGAAAUCGAGGUAACUUUCCAGCUAAAGAAUAUUCCAACUGCAACCAAGGAAGCCUAUUUCGGACAAAUUGAUGACAUUCGCAAAUAUGGUAAUAGAUACUAUAUCGAUCCAGCAGGAACACGCAAUCUCAAAGACAUUCGACCACUAUGGCUUUCAGCCUUGCGCAGAGCAUUGGAUCCACUUCAUAAAGGCUACGUUAAACCACACGAUUUCUUAUCUUUCGUUAAUACGGAGUCGUUAUCUAACAAACUAAGGCAAGUCGUUCUUGAUAGCUGCGGAUACGGAAUUUUUGUGGAAUGUCAACGAACAACUAGUGAUAUUGCACUACCUUCUGAAUUAGAGAGUCCUCCCGACCAUGUUGGUUGGAUGUCAGCGUGUCAAAUCAUCUCAGUACCCUCAUCGGAUGAGCUUGGCAUAUUCAUAUACGACAAGGAAACCCAGCCACAUUUCAAAAAUCUUAUGGACAGCUUCACAUACCCUCAAAAUGACGUCUGGGUUUAUGUUCGCUAUCUCCAGACCGGCCAAAUCGAAAGAAAGCUUCUCUCAAAACAUGUCCGAAUGCUUGGUGGACUCUGUGUUGGAGCUUCAAUUUCUAUCCACUACGAUAUGGAAAAUAGUUCAGGUAAUUGGAGUGAUAGCCUUUUAAUUGUGGAGCUCAAAGCUUGUGCUGGUGGCCGUUAUAUUGUGACCGCUGGAUCAGAAGAAAACACUAUUGUAUUUGUAACGAAACAACCAUUCGGCUUUAAUGAUCGCACGGUACAAAGUGACCUACCCUGUGAAUUUGUUAAUCUUCCGGAAUUUGAUUACUGUCUUUUGGGGCCUUCAACAAUUUUCACGCAAGAGCCUAAAGUUGGUGAGAAAAUCCAGGUGAGACAUUUAGGAACGGGAGCCAAGAAAACUGAUAUCAAGUCAGAUGGAUUAUGGUAUGAUGUCAAAGUUACCGCAGUAAAUGGCGACAAUGUAGAAUAUAUUUCGACUUCUAAUCUAAACAGCCCAACAAGCGAUACUUUUACUGAAGAUGGUGAUGAUAGUAGUAAUGGUGAUAGCAAUAGUAGCAGUGACAGCGGCGAUUACCUUGGCUUAUCGGAUGCCCUAUUAUUAAAACAAAAAAAAAAUAAUAGCAUAAGUUGGUGUCCAUGGGCGUCUGGAGUGUCUAAUUUAGAAGUCAGACCUUAUCGUUGCCUCCAUAUUGGUGAUCAUGUUGAAGCACCUGUAAUAUACCCAGACUAUCUCUACAAUUACCAUAGCCUUGAAGAAUCGCAACUUUACCUCCCAGCUCGCAUUAUGGAUGUUCAGGGUGAUCAGUAUCUAGUCAAGUUUAGUCCUGCUGCCAUGGCCUAUCAUUGGUGGCCCGGUCGCGCCCCAAUUAACGAAGAAUUUCCACGUGGGCUAAAUUCCAAAGAGACCGUUAAGAAUCUGUUUGAUAAAACUCAAGUUUUGGUGAGCAUGGAUCGGGUUCGUCCUUACGCUAGAGGUGGCUCAUAUCCUGUCUUGGGCACGCAAUCUAUAAGGCCAAAGAGCUGGUCGGCGUUUCAGAAGGUCCAAUUUGAGGAUCUGCAACAAAUUGAAAAUAUUCUAUGGAAGUGA